AUGCCUUCCAGACGGACCCACACGAAGUCUCGGAAUGGCUGUGAUGUCUGCCGUACUCGCCGGAUUAAAUGCGAUGAAACGGGACCACCCUGCGGGAAAUGUGCGGUCCGACAUCUCGAUUGUCAAUAC